AUGCAGGAUAUCCUCAGUUUACACCAAGUACGUGUUCUAGCGAAUAUCAUCAGUCUGGCCAAGUCUGAACCUACCCCAGAGAUAUGUAAGGCUUUCAAACAAGCGUCUCAUUUGAAACAGCUCUGGUUGAUUAUACUAGAAUAUGAUGUCGUCUCUGAAGGCCUCACCAUUCCAUAUUACUGCCGCUCACUGGGUCUACUCUCGAGCGGCCAAACUGAGUCCCUCGCUCUCUACAUUCUUCGACUCCGCCAAGCCUUACUCAUGGAUACAGAGGGUCGUUCGCCUGCUAUGGUCACGUUCAACCAAACACACUCAGUGACUUGGGUCAGGCUGGUCCUGGAGCAGUGGGUUCUUGUCACAUGUUCAAACCAGGUAACAAGCAUUAUCUGCCUCUGGUCACUCCAGCCGUUCUAUCGCUCCAAGAGGCCUCCUGAAAUUGUAGCCCAAGCUUCUCUCGAAGGACCUGUGGUGACUGGGCUGUUUAAGGUGCAGGACAAUCAAUCGAUAAUUGUUCUGGAGCUUCGAGCUGCAUUCCAAACUAUCAUUGAGAUUCUAUCUUUGCAUAUUUCGAACGAUCAACGGCUGAUUUUUGUCUGCCUUAAAAGGUUCAAGAACGAUGUCUCGCAUGUACGGUGCUUACGCAGGCCAUCCAUCGGCUUCUCUCUUCAUCAGGAACAGAGUAUAGCAAGUAUUCUUGACUGGCACACCCGUGAAGUGGUAAACCUCUGCAGGGCCCCUAGCAGCGACAUGAGUGUAUUUGCAGCAUUGAUUGGCAAGGCUCUGAUGUGCUGCAGGGCGGCGCCAUGGCAAUGGCCAUUGAUAGUGGCCUAG